CGCGGGGAACCUCGCGGGAACAAGCCGCUGCUUGGGGGCGGGGCCUGAGGCCGCCGGCGCGGGCCUGCGGAGUCCCAGAAUCCGGCGGCGGCGGAGCGGAAGAGCCGCCCGGGGUGAGGUUCAGGCGACUGGGGGUGGCGAGAGGCGGCGUUGAAGAAUGUGCGGGCGAACAUCGUGUCACUUACCUCGAGAUGUGCUCACGAGAGCGUGUGCCUAUCGGAACCGGCAGGGCGAGCGGCGGCUCCCGGAGUGGAGGGACGCUGACAAGUAUUGCCCGUCGUACAACAAGAGCCCUCGGUCGAGCAGCCCGGUGCUUCUGUCUCGACUGCACUUUGAGAAGGGCACAGACUCUUCUGAGCGUAUCAUUGUUCCCAUGCGAUGGGGUUUGGUCCCAUCUUGGUUCAAAGAAAAUGAUCCUUCCAAGCUGCCAUUCAACAUUACCAAUUGUCGUAGUGAUACCAUAAUGGAGAAACGGUCCUUCAACGUGCCUCUGGGAAAGGGAAGACGCUGUGUUGUUUUAGCAGAUGGAUUCUACGAGUGGAAGCGAUGUCGGGGAACGUACGACAGGCAGCCAUACUUUAUCUACUUCCCCCAAACCAAAUCAGAAAAGUUAGGCAGCAUUGGUGCUGCAGACAGUCCAGAGGACUGGAACAAAGUCUGGGACAACUGGAGGCUGCUGACAAUGGCUGGGAUCUUUGACUGCUGGGAGCCCCUACAGGGAGGAGACCACCUGUAUUCCUACACCAUCAUCACAGUGGAUGCCUGCAAAGUCUUGAAUGACGUCCACCAAAGGAUGCCUGCCAUAUUAGAUGGAGAGGAGGCAGUCUCUAAAUGGCUUGAUUUUGGUGAAGUCUCAACUCAGGAAGCUCUGAAGUUAAUCCACCCUACAGAGAACAUCACCUUCCAUCCAGUCUCUUCUGUGGUGAACAGCUCCCGAAACGACAGUGUUGAGUGUCUGGCUCCUAUCGACUUGUCGGUCCAAAAGGAACUCAAGGCAAAAGGCUGCAGCCAGAAAAUGUUGCAGUGGCUGGCCACAAAGUCACCCAAAAAGGAAGACCCCAAAACACCCCAAAAGACAGAGUCAGAUGUGCGCCAGUUCCUGCCGAAGAGCCCAUCCUCGGUCAAGAGAAGCAGUGCAGUUCUCCUAGAGCAAUGGCUGAAGCAGGAGAAGGAGGAGGAGCCUGUGACCAAGCAACUUCACAGCGAGUAAUGCAGGACUUUCAGAGACCAACGCCAGGUUUGCUGCACUGAGUCCUGUUGCUGAUUACAGGGUCUUGCAUGUGUGUGUAUGGAUUUGCUUUGGGAGGAGGUAGCAUAUUGUUAGUGGACAUUUGUGGGUUCCUGGGGGAGUGGCUAUUCUGGUUGUGACCAGGAACCCAGUGUGGGGCAGAUAGGCAGCCUGGGAAGAGGAGGGGCCACCACCACAGGGGGCCUCUUAUGCCUGCAGCCUUCUCCUGCAGGACUUUUGGAGCCUUCCCUCGAAGCUUGACCCUGCUGGCAGUUCUAAGCCCUGACCUGACCUGAGCUGGUGCUGUUAGCGGAAGGCUGUUUUCUGCUCAACCUUUAAGCUCUAAGUUCUUUGGAAUUCAGUUCUUAAAACAUUGUUUUUUUAUGAAUAAAUUACAUUUGCUAAACUGCU